UAGGUUUAGGUUAAUACUGAUCCACCAGCAUUUCCUUACAUAAGUUAAAUGAUUCUAUGCUUAGAGCAAUGUAGUUAAAUGGAUAACUUCCUAUUAAUGAUUCAGUGAACUGUUUAUCACAACACAAGUGUCAUGCCUUUGAUUUCUUCCUCUGCUAUUUCCUGUCCGCCUCUGAAUCUUUGCCCAUCAUCCCUGUCUCUAGUCCCCCGCUGCAGAACUCGGAGACGCUGACGCCUUGUCGUCGACCAAUCACGUGCCGUGUUUCCAGUGCGCUGAAAACACUCUCCAAUAAUAAGAAGCGCGCGGGGCGGGAUGUGGCGGACCCCUCACACCUCCACACUCAGAAAUCUGUGGCGUCGCAGAUCCUCUGUGAAUCCGACAGGAGCCCGGACCGGUGACGCAACGCGGGACAGGUACACGGAGACGCGCAGGCCGGGAGGCUGCUCGCAGUGGAGACACGGACAACUACUGGAAUGGACGUGUAGGAGCGACGGACAGCAGAGCCUCUCCUCCCCGCUCCCUGACAGCUCUACCGCAAGCCGCGAAUAUGUCGACGGUGGAAGCAGGCGGUCAGCGCGAAGAAGGGGAGUACGGAAGAGCUGCCAAGCGGCUGAAAAUGGAGGAGCCGCCGCUGGAGGAGAAGGAGGACAGAGCGGAGGAUGAGCUGGAGGAGGGGGAGGACUCGGACAGCGGGUCGCUGCCCGGUAACGGGGAGGCAGAGACGGACAGUCGGGCCCGAUGGAGCGGCAGGCAGUUCGGUUCAGGGCGAAAGGAUAAUGGCGAAGACUCCCAUCUCAUCUCUCCUAGUCCGGUUGUUCAUGUCAGGGGUCUCUGUGAGGCCGUGGUAGAAGCAGACCUAAUCGACGCCCUGAAGAAAUUCGGACCAAUAUGCUAUGUGAUGAUGAUGCCUUUCAAGCGUCAGGCCUUGGUGGAGUUCUCUGCAGUGGAGAGUGCUGAUCGCUGUGUGACCUGUGGCGCCAAGGAGCCGGUGUACAUCGCAGGACAACAGGCUUACUUUAACUACUCCACAUCGAAGCGAAUCACCAGACCAACAAACGCUGACAACCCAAACAGCGGCAACAAGGUUCUGCUGCUGUCCAUCCAGAACCCGCUCUACCCCAUCACUACGGAUGUUCUCUACACUGUGUGUAACCCCAUAGGCAGCGUGCUGAGGAUUGUCAUCUUUAAGAGAAACGGAAUCCAGGCCAUGGUGGAGUUUGAGUCAGUUCAGUGUGCCCAGAAGGCCAAAGCAGCACUAAAUGGAGCUGACAUUUAUGCUGGCUGCUGUACACUCAAGAUUGAAUAUGCAAGGCCAACACGUCUGAAUGUAAUAAAGAAUGAUAAUGAGAGCUGGGACUACACCAAACCAUACUUGGUCAGACGAGAACGUGGGAAAGGGAGACAAAAGCAGGCUAUUUUAGGAGAACACCCAUCAUCUUAUGCUGACAAUGGUUAUGGCCUGGCCUGCCCCCUGCUGCCUCUGACAAGCAAUAGCAGGUACAAGCUCAGCUCAGUGGAUGUCCCAGACAUGGUUUCCUACCCGCUGCCCCAGUCUUCCCCGUCCUACUCUGGCCACACCCCCAGCUCCGUAGCCAUGGUGAGCGGCCUCCAUCCAUCCAAGAUGAACUGCACCCGCAUCUUCAACCUCUUCUGUCUCUACGGUAACAUAGAAAAGGUGAAGUUUAUGAAGAGCAUUCCAGGUACGGCGCUGGUGGAGAUGGGAGACGAGUAUGCAGUGGACCGAGCCAUCACACACCUCAACAGUAUCAAGCUGUUUGGAAAAAGACUUAAUGUCUGUGUCUCUAAGCAACACGCAGUGAUUCCCAGCCAGGUGUUUGAGUUAGAGGAUGGCAGCAGCAGCUACAAGGACUUCGCCAUGACCAGGAAUAACCGCUUCAGCAGCGCCGGACAAGCCUCCAAGAACAUCAUCCAGCCUCCGUCUGCUGUGCUACACUAUUACAACGUUCCUCCCUGUAUAUCCCAGGACCAGCUGCUCAAGCUGUGUAGGGAGCACGACGUGCCUGGCUUCAUCAAAUUCAAGAUGUUUGACGCCAAGCCCUCCUCUAAGACCAUCUCUGGGUUGCUGGAGUUUGACAGUAAGACGGAGGCUGUGGAGGCUCUUACUGUUCUCAAUCACUACCAGAUUAGGAUACCAAAUGGAUCCAACCCAUACACACUGAAACUGUGUUUUUCCACCUCGUCUCAUUUAUAAAGGCUGUCGAGCACAAACAGAGCGCUACAGGCUGUUGAUGUGUGACUCUGAUGGAAGUAAGACUCAGCAGAACCACGGAGAGCCACACUGCAGGUUAGCUACCUGGACGAUGGUGAUGUUGAGAUGGUCGGUGAAAGAAAUGGAGAGAGUGAAGGAACAAACUGACCAGAGGGUCUGACCAGCUGGGAACCAAUGAAAACACCUCAGGGUGUGUUUACCACUGUCUGGAACAUGAAGGGAAAACCUGACCUGUUGUUGGUCUUCUGUCUUGGAGUCUGGAUUCUACCUGAACGUGGAUCUGACAUCUCUCACGGUUACUCAUGCACACGCUUUAAGAAUAUUUCCUGUUAAGACACCUGAUAAAUCCAUUGUGCUUUUGAAUAUCACUGUAAGAGUUUAAGUAAGUAGGAACAAAGUUUUAAGUUCUCAUCCAGUGUUUAAAGGUGCAUGUUCUGUAUUCCUUUCGUCUUGGUGGCAGCUACAGAUGUUUCCCAGCUGUUUGGUCAGCAUGAGAUGCCUCCACUGCUGAUCAGCUGGAAGAUGUAGGACACUCUGGAUACUUAGAGGCAAACGUUUCAAUAUAUCAAAGUGAUCAUUCUGACACAACGUGUUGCGUUUUUACAGAAUCAUAUGAGAAUUUUAGCCAUAGCUAUUUCAUGAGUCCUCAGGUAUUCAUGAGCAGGACUUCUCAUUUCACUCCAUCUGCAGGUGAGAGCGACAGACUGAAGCAGAGCAGCUGCAGUUGGUUACCAUAAAAAUCCCAACAAAUAUAUGCUGAUUAAUGUACAGGCUGUUUUAUGAUGGUCGUUUUCUGUGGCACAUCUGAACACAUCACUGCAUAUGUGGGAAGGUUGCUUUAAAGGGGCAGUAUUAUGUAAAAUGGACUUUUUUCAACUUUACCUCAUGUUUUAAUGUUAUUCCCUGAUCAAAGCAUACCUGGAGUUUUGCCUUAAUUCUUUUAUGCAUGUUUGAGAAAUCUUUUAAUUUCCAUGGCAACCGCUCUGCUGUGCAAAAUGCCUGGAUGGACCUAGCCCCGCCUUCGUGGCGCAGCUCCUCCUCCCAGUUUCCAAGGCUCUGCCUCACAGAGCAGCCCUCCGACCCAACUCCCCCAGGCAGCUCCUUCAGACGCAGCAACUAGCAAACACCUGGUAGAACUGCACAACGCUUGUAUAAACAUUGUUGAAGUGUUAAUACAGGUGCCUUGUAAUGACUUCCUGUUGGCGGAGUUUCAGAAAGAGCAGGAGAGAGACAGAGGGCCGAUUUCAAGGCGUUAAAUUGCAAACUCAGUCAUAUUUGAUGCAGCAUUUUUAUAACAACAGAAGGUAACAUAGUUAUUUGGUUGUGCUAUAAAAUGGCACUAUAUACCUGGAAACCACACAGUGCUGCUCCUUUAAAGCCUGAAACCUCAUUUGUUAGUCGCCACAGUUACUGUUCUGCACAUCAGCAACAUAAUUAAACUCCCAUGCUGCCUGACAUAAAUAGAACAAUACAUCGCUACACCCUCUAAUGGGUCAUAAAAAAAGUUUUGGUUUUUACAUUUUUAAAGUCUCCCUUUAGUACUUCAAAUCCACACUUACUGGAAGGAGUUCUGCACCCAGAGAGAGUGUUCAGAUGAAAUGCAGCUGCAUGUGUUGAAAGGUUGUUGGUUUGGUGUUUAUCACUUGUCAGAUCCAGCUGAUCUUAACCCUGACUUUAAACAUGGUGCAGAAUGACGUGAGGUUAUAAGAAGGUUAUCCAAUACUUUUAUCUGGAUGUGAUGAGGUUCUAAAAUGCUCUGUAUGUACUUGGGGUGUCACAAAGAUUUCCAUUGCAGUACAGAUACUAAGAAAAAUUCUUGACAGCAGCCCUCGCACUGCAAAAAGGCACAAAAUCUUAGCAAGUAUUUUUGGUCUAAUUUAUAGUUCAAAUAUCUUGAAAUUAGACAAAACUAAUUUAAAAGUAACUUUUUAGCAAAAUAUACAAGCUUGUUUUAAGUCAAUAAUUCUUGAUAGAAAACAGAACUAGUUCCACUUGCAGAUUAUUUCACAUAAGUCAUUUCUCCUGCUUUAAGAAUCAUCUGGACAGUUACUGUCCAGAUGCUCCACCUCCAUGCCAGUUUGAAAAUUAGCCAUCGUUAGCCUUCAUGUACAUCAAAUGAUUGAUAAAAUCAUUUAUUAAAUACUUCGGGUGUUAACACGUAAACAGUCAGGUGUUCACUUCAUCAAAAUGAAUUUUGUGACAGUAGAUGUGGCCAACAUUUACUUUAUAUAUAUAUAUAUAUAUAUAUAUAAACUAUUUUUAAGGGUAUUUCUGAAUUUCUGAGCCGAUCCCCAUUUUUUAUUGUUAUUGCAUUGUUAUAUAUAUGUUUUUGUCUCAGUUUUUCUAAUGGCUGUAAGUAUAAUAUCAAUAGAUGUGCUUUAAAGAAUAUUAAAUAAUAUAUAAAAACAUUUAACAGAACAAUCUAACUAUAACUAUAACUGGGAUAGGGGUUUGGGUGAUGGAACUCUUUGGUAGGUUCUCAGUCAGCUGUUUGUCACUCAAUCAGUCAAGUUCAUUUGCAUAGCACAUUUCAGCAACAGGGCCGUUUACAACAAAAAACACAAAAGUACAAAGUCAUAAAAACACGAUAGUCAACAAUUGAGAAAACCAGUAACAGUACAUUUUGACAAAUGUCAUCGUUGAAUUCAUCAAUGCACAUCACAUGUGUUGGUCAAUGUUUUAUUUAUUAUGGUUCAAAAACAACUCUAAAACAGGUGGGUUUUUAGCCUUGAUUUAAAGCAAUGCAGUGUUUGUGGUGCACAGAAGCCGAAUGCUUCAUCCAUGUUUGGUGAAGCGCGAUCCAGCAAAUCCCACUUCCUUCCUGUGUUGGAUGUUCUCAGUGUUCCUCAUCCUAUCAGUGGUCACUGCUGCUUGGAUGGUGGGAACUCUUAAGUUGGAAUGAAAGCUAUUAGUCAGUAUCUGGACCUGACAUUAGAUCGUGUUAGUGAUGAGCUAAUUGGUGUUGCAGAGUGAGCCAGGAUACAAGUUCGCAGUACCCCAGCAUCUACCAGUUCCCUCCUCGUCACCUUGGUGAUGCUGCCUGGGAGAGAUGAAGACAUGUUUACAUAAAGUGCAGAAAAAGUUGGGUAUUGAUGAUGUCAGAUCUUUUUUUGAUUUGUUAUACAGGGCAACACAUUUCUGUUUUAUGAUUCAGCAACUAACAAAUCACUACAAUCAGUGAAAUGUGUAGUAAAAACCCAGAGUAAAUUAAUUUGCCACUGUUGGAUUGGUUUGAACAGGAAGCGUCCUCUGAAACCUAGGAACCAGUCUGAGAAAUGGCUUCCACUCUUUCUGCUACUCCAAGAAGGAGGAGGGUGAUUAGGGGCUGAUUAAUCAAUCAAUCAGACAAGCUUUUAACUGGCUUACCAGUUAAAGUUUGUGGUGAGCCAGAAACUUUAACUGGACUCUUUCUGGAUGUUGUGAAGCAGUGGCCAAAGGCCUCCACAGCCUAGUUAGAGAUGAUCUCUGAGGUCUGUUAGUGAUUAAGAUGCUGUUUAUCGUUUCCUCUCUGUAUCGUGUCGUGGGAUGAUUUCUACUGUGAAAUGGCAAUAAAGACAUUUUAAACUCUA